UCAAUUCUCAAAGAUCUCCUCUCUGUUAUGGAUCAUGAUAUGCAAAGCCCUCAUCCACCUCCUAUCCUGGGACGAAUCAUAACCAAAGGGAGGGCCAAACUUUCUGCAGUAAAAAAAAUGAUGAAAAUGAAUUGGUAUCCUCUGAAACAGGUGAGAGCUUACAAGUAUGACGACAAUCUGUUUGCUUUCUACCUCAAAUUUGAAUUCCACAGGAAAUGGGCAUUAAAGAAUGGUCCGUGGACUGUUGAUGGCUGCAUUUUAAAUUUGAAACAUUGGGACGAUACGCUAGCUGCUGAUGAGGUAGACUUUUCAGAAGUACAGUUUUGGGUUAGAAUUACGUCUCUUCCUUUAUGCAUGUUGAAUGCAAAAUCUGGGGAAAAGAUUGGUGAGAAAGUGGGAAGAGUGAUAGAUGUUGACAAUGAUGAACAGAUUUUAAGUAGAAGCUACGUAAGAGUGAAAGUGAUGGUUAAGGUGGAGUCACCCUUGAAAGCUGGAUUUACUUUGAUAAGAGAAGGUAUGGAACCCAGAUGGAUCCAAUUCAAAUACGAGAAACUUGUUGAUUUCUGUUAUUGUUGUGGAAGAUUGGAUCAUGGUGAUGAUCUUUGCCCACACAAACCGAAUGGUGACUUUGAAAAUUCAUAUGGGCCAUGGUUGAGGACACAGAAGAAGAAGAUGAAUCAGAAGGAAACAUUGAAGAGCAGAUAG